UCCUGUUUGGUUUUAAGUAGAGUCUAAAUCGUAGCUGUCUUCAGAGGGUCUGUGGUCUUCUGAUUCAGAGACCCUGGUGGAUCACAGGACUUUCCUCAGGGUUCCCCGUGUAACCUUCAUUCAGCCAUGGCCCCGGGUGAACAGAGUAUCUGCCAAGCACGGGCCUCUGUGAUGGUCUACGAUGACACCAGUAAGAAAUGGGUACCAAUCAAGCCUGGCCAGCAGGGCUUCAGCCGGAUCAACAUCUACCACAACACUGCCAGCAACACCUUCAGAGUUGUUGGGGUCAAGCUACAGGAUCAGCAGGUUGUGAUCAAUUACUCAAUUGUGAAAGGGCUGAAGUACAACCAGGCGACACCCACCUUCCAUCAGUGGCGAGAUGCCCGUCAGGUCUAUGGCUUAAACUUUGCAAGUAAGGAAGAAGCAACCACAUUCUCCAAUGCCAUGCUCUUUGCCCUGAACAUCAUGAAUUCUCAAGAAGGAGGCCCCUCCACACAGCGUCAGGUGCAGAAUGGCCCCUCUCCUGAGGAGAUGGACAUCCAGAGAAGACAAGUAAUGGAGCAGCAGCACCGCCAAGAGUCUCUGGAGAGAAGAAUCUCUGCCACAGGGCCCAUUCUCCCCCCUGGGCACCCCUCAUCCGCAGCCAGCGCCACCCUCUCCUGUAGUGGACCUCCACCUCCACCUCCACCCCCAGUCCCACCUCCACCCACAGGCUCUACUCCCCCACCCCCGCCCCCACUGCCGGCUGGAGGAGCCCAGGGGACCAACCACGAUGAGAGCUCUGCAUCAGGACUGGCUGCUGCUCUGGCGGGAGCCAAGCUAAGGAGGGUGCAGCGGCCAGAAGAUGCAUCUGGAGGCUCCAGUCCUAGCGGGACUUCAAAGUCCGAUGCCAACCGGGCAAGCAGUGGGGGAGGUGGAGGAGGCCUCAUGGAAGAAAUGAACAAGCUGCUGGCUAAGAGGAGAAAGGCGGCCUCCCAGACAGACAAGCCUGCUGACAGAAAGGAAGAUGAGAGCCAAAUGGAAGAUCCUAGCACCUCCCCAUCCCCAGGGACCCGAGCCACCAGCCAGCCACCUAAUUCCUCAGAGGCUGGCCGAAAGCCCUGGGAGCGGAGCAACUCGGUGGAGAAACCUGUGUCCUCGCUGCUGUCCAGAACCCCGUCUGUGGCAAAGAGCCCCGAAGCUAAGAGCCCCCUUCAGUCGCAGCCUCACUCUAGGGUGAAGCCUGCUGGCAGUGUGAAUGACGUAGGCCUGGAUGCCUUAGAUUUGGACCGGAUGAAACAGGAGAUCCUGGAGGAGGUGUUCCGAGAGCUCCACAAGGUGAAGGAGGAGAUCAUUGACGCCAUCAGGCAGGAGCUCAGUGGGAUCAGCACCACGUAAGAUGGCACCAGCCCCGGAGGAUUGCAAGGAGCCGUGCUGGCCCCAGCGAGCAUCGAGCCUGCCGGCCGAAGCUGGGAUAUACUUAACUCUCAACCUGUGGUACAAUAUUAAAGUGAGGAAACCAACUUCAACUCCUGGAUUUUUUAGUGUAUCUGACACAGAACACCGGGUCUAUUCUUGUUUUGUAUUUUAUAUUUGCUUAUUUAAGUGUACGUUCCUUUGAUUUAUAGAGAACACCCCCAAAUCACCUGCUUUAUUAGAUGGCUUCCAAGUUUUCUCCUAGGUGACACUGUUGGCGCCUCAGCUGGCAGGGAGCAGCUGGGUGCAGCGUGGCCUUUCCACGCCACAGAGCUGUCGGAGUGCAGCGCAGCCCCAGCAGCCACGGUGUUCCCGUCUGUCCACGCAGUGCGUGUCAUGUCCACACCAUAAUAAACUGUCCACUGUGCACACUCA